AAAUAAUUUCUGGAAAUUUCAGAGAAAAUUGAGAGUAAAAGAUAGCCGAGGAAGGAGAGUAGGAAGGAGCACUCGAAUCCGCCGUCGCUGCCGUCCGCCUCUUUCUCUCUCUCAAUUGCUUAGGAAGCGAUGACGAGCUCCUCCGCCACUUCACGCAAGGCUUUGAGCAAGAUCGCCUGCAAUCGGCUGCAGAAAGAGCUGGUGGAGUGGCAGGUGAAUCCUCCGGCAGGUUUCAAGCACAAAGUCACCGAUAAUCUUCAGAGAUGGGUCAUCGAAGUCACCGGAGCCCCGGGAACUCUAUACGCUAACGAAAUUUAUCAGCUCCAAGUCGAUUUCCCCGAGCAUUAUCCCAUGGAAGCACCACAGGUGAUUUUUGUACCUCCGGCUCCUCUGCAUCCUCACAUUUACAGCAAUGGCCAUAUCUGUUUAGAUAUUCUAUAUGAUUCAUGGUCCCCAGCCAUGACGGUUAGUUCCAUCUGUAUCAGCAUUCUCUCCAUGUUAUCGAGUUCCACGGUGAAGCAACGCCCAGCGGAUAACGAUCGAUACGUGAAGAACUGCAGGAACGGCAGAUCUCCCAAGGAGACGAGAUGGUGGUUCCAUGAUGACAAAGUGUAAUGUAAUGACCUAACGAAUAUUAAUUAAUUAUGUAUAAAAAAAGAUUGAUUUGGAAUCAACUAUUUAAUCAAUGUUAACGGACAUGUCCCCCCA